AUGGAGGCUCAGGCUCCCCCUGAAGCCGCAGGAUCUCCUCUAGACCUAUCUCUCACUAUGGCCCCCGGGGCUCCUUGGUCUGUUCUUCCUUCUGGUCGCGGUGGUCGCCAUCGCAGCGGCACGGGAUCAAGGCUCUACUCUUGCCUCUUCUGUGAGAGGACGUUCCUCAAGUCGCAUGCGCUAGGGGGCCACCAGAACGCGCGCAGGAUGGAGAGGGUCGUCGGCAGCUGGAAGGCCCACCUCUACCUCCCUGACCAUCAUCAUGCCGCGGCAGCAGCCACCGGUAUAGCGCGUCUUGACACCGACGAUGACAAGCACCAGAAGCUUGAUCUUAAUCUCAAGCUUUAAUUUGCUCUAGCUCCUGUGUACACUAAGCAGUACGCACAGGGCAGGCUUAGCUCCAUUGGCCAUUGCUAUAUACGGUCACUAGCAUAUGUGCGCCUUGUCCCUUCAUGUAUGAAAUCACAAGGCUUUUCUCAUUCUUCUGCAUGGCGCCAUGCCAGCGAUCGACCAGGAUGAGAAUUAUGACUAAUUCCCAGGCUGUUGCAUUUUUCCUAUGCACCCACCUGCAUGUAAAUAAAACCAAAUCCGUCCUCCUUUUC